GAGCGGUCACAGCAAUGCCCCGCCCAUGGGGCAGGAGGGAGCUAUAAAUACUGGACCGAGCAUCCCUCUACCCAGCCUGUACCUGCAGCAGCUUCCAGUUCCACGUGUGUCCCUGCAGAGACGGCAUGGCUGCCCAGCACCUCCUGCUCCUCACCUGCCUGCUGGCCCUGUCAGUCACAGUUCUCACCCUGGAAAUAGAAAACCUGAAUAUCUUCAAUGGAACUUCAGAUAAAAUUCUGAACCUCAGCCCAGGGGAUCCUAUGCCUGUGCACAGUCUGGGCCACAGCCGGCGGAAGCGAGCCAAUGACACCCCACUACCGGCAGGACGUGCCUGGCCCAAGGACUGCAGUGAGAUCCCCUCAGGCAGCCUCAGCGGCAUCUACCUCAUCCAGCCCACAGGACUGCACCAGCUCGUGGUGUACUGUGACAUGAACGAAACAGCCGGGGGCUGGACGGUCCUCCAGCGGAACCAGCGCAACACGCAGAUCACCUGGGCUGAGUCCUGGAGCACCUACAAGUACGGCUUUGGCAACGUGCAGGAUGACUACUGGCUGGGGACGGAGUACAUCUAUCGGAUCGCCAAGCAGAAGGUCUACCAGGUCAGGUUUGUCAUCCACGAUUCAUCCGGCACCAUGAAAUACGCAGACUACAACCUCUUCGGUCUGGAAGACGAGUCCAACGGCUACAGGCUGAGGCUGGGCUCUUACACGGGGACUGCAGGGGACGCCAUGGCCCCAAACAAUCCUAACACCGUUCAUGACAACAUGAAGUUCUCCACUAAAGACCUGGAUCAGGACACUUACAGUGGGAACUGUGCAUCUAGCUAUGGUGGGGGCUGGUGGUACUCAGCUUGUUAUUCUGCUCAACUGAACAUCAAAGGAAGCAUCCGUUGGGGUAGUUUCUGUAGUGGGAACUGCCAAGCCUCUGCCAUCCUCAUCAAACCAGCAUCUUACUGUUAGUCACCCCUUUCCCACCCUUCUGUCUGCAGUGAGGCCAACCCCUGCUCCACGAAGGGAUAGAAAGGGUCAGAGUGUGUCAUGGCCAAACCUCCUGCCCGCCCUCACAGGCCUUGCUGGGGAAGGUACCCGGGUUACCAAGGAAAUGGGGCCACUUUUCCUUCUCCUCUCCCUCCCUGCAGACUUUCUGAGCUCUUCUGUGCUGGGCCCUUCCCCUUUGGGCUUUGGGUUGAUUCAUUUUAAUUAUAUUAAAAAUCAGAACAAUUGUCUGCAAAAAUUGUUGUUUCCAAGCAUGUGGUGUGGUGGAGAAAACACGCUCAACCCUGCCGUGAUUGUUCAUUAGAUUGAACGAGCACCCCUAGAGGUCACCAGAAACAGGAGGCCAUAAAGGCUGAAGAAUUCUCUCACACUC